AUGACAAUGCUCUCUUCAAUGGCAAUCCUGUUGCCUUCUCCUUCCGUCAUCUUCGCUUCCCUCCUCUUCCUCUUACUCAUUGUGAAGAAAUGGAAGAAAUCCAACAAUGCCAAAGACCCUUCUUCGAAACUGCCUCCAGGGCCGAAGAUGCUCCCUCUUCUGGGGAAUCUUCACCAGAUGGCAGGGUCGCUCCCUCACCACUCGCUCCGGGAGUUGGCCAUCAGGCACGGCCCGAUCAUGCGCCUCCAACUGGGCGAGAUCCUGACCAUCGUCAUCUCGUCGGCAGACAUGGUCAAGGAAAUCCUUGGCAAGAACGAGCUCGCUUUCGCCCAGAGGCCCGAGAUCGCGGCCCUCGAGGUCAUGUCCUAUGAGAACUCGAGCUUUGUGUUCUCGCCCUACGGCGAGUACUGGAGGCAGAUGCGCAAGAUUUGCGUGUUGGAGCUCCUAAGCAUGAAGAGGGUCCUCUCUUUUAGAUCUAUAAGAGAGGAAGAGUGUUGGAACAUGAUCGAAACAAUACAAUCAUCUCAAGGAAAGCCUGUGAACUUGAGCAAGAUUGUACUGAACUUGAUCAAUGACGUCACCUCGAGGGCAGCAUUUGGUGAGAGAUAUUGA